CUGGCCUAUUGGAUUCAUUCACAUAGCUGAGACAAGAGACUCAUCAGAGGGCCAGUUGAUCCAGGCUCUAAAAGGCUUUCUCAGUUGGAGCCAUCCUGGGACGACAGGGCAUAGUGUCGAGUACUGGAAGCAGAAGCAGGACUAAGAGUCCCAGACAGAGGUUCCCAAAAGGUCCAUAGAGGGGCCCCACCCUGGGAUGGGAAGUGAUGAUGGCUCCCAUCCACCUCCCAAAUCCCCAGCCCUGUGCCUCCCUACUGAGUCAUUCUGGUCCUGCCAACACCCAGGAGCCAAAGCCGGAGGCUGAGUAUAAAUCCUCAAUAUGAGGCCAGCCAGGGCUCCCAGGUGCUGAGCACUGAAAAAUGACUCUUCGCUGGGCCAUGUGGCUGCUGCUCUUGACGGCCUGGAGCAUGGGCUAUGGUGAAGCCUUCAGGUGCUACACCUGUGAGCAGCCCACGGCCAUUAACUCAUGCAAGAAUAUUGCUCAGUGCAAGCUGGAAGACACAGCCUGUAAGACUGUACUGGAGACGGUGGAAGCAGAGUUCCCCUUCAACCACAGUCCCAUGGUGACCCGCUCCUGCUCCAGCUCCUGCCUGGCCACCGACCCUGAUGGCAUUGGGAUUGCCCAUCCUGUCUUCUGUUGCUUCCGUGACCUCUGCAACUCAGGGUUUCCAGGCUUGGUGACAGACCUCUAGCCACACAGGGAGCCUUGUUCCUCCUAUAUCCGCUCUUCUGGCAGGGCCCAUUGCUGCCUGCAGUCAUCUCUGUGUGCUUGGCUCUGUGAGCAGAGCUCACAGGGCCUCAGGUCACUCACUGUCCACCAAACUUGUGGAAAAUAAAAUAAGCCAAAGGCGAA